AUGAGCGUGUCGCUGGUUGUUAUCCGCUUAGAAAUCGCCGACCAGUCUCCAGCCCCGCAAGGCUUCCGCUACUCUGCCGCGGGCGGCAUGUCGGAGGAGCAGCUGGGGGAUAAGUCGUUGGCGCUGGCCCGGCUGGCCCUGAGCGGCAAGACGGCGCAGGAGAGGAGCGCCGUCUUGCACCAACACAUGGGCAGCAGGUCCAUGGGGGACAUGGUCAUUGAGACCUUCGAACCCAGCCCAGAUAAAGGCGGCGGCCAAGACCCGGGAGGUUGCGGCGGUGAGGACGCAUCGGCGAGCGCGGCGCCCGACUCGCCUUCGGAGCAGCUGCCCCAGCAAAUCUCUUUCUUCAGCGGGAAUCCGUCGGUGGAGGUCGUGCACGGGAUCAUGCAUAUCUACAAGACCAACAAGAUGACGUCCCUGUCGGAGGACGCGUGUCGUAGCGCACUGGUGUGCAUCCUGACUGUCCCGGCCACCAUGACAAGUCACGACCUGAUGAAGCUGAUGGCGCCCUUCAACGAAGUCAUGGAACACAUGAAGAUUAUCCGGGACUCCACCCCCAACCAGUAUAUGGUGCUCAUCAAGUUCAGCACGCAGGCGGACGCGGACAGUUUCUACGCCACAUGCAACGGCCGCCGGUUCAACUCCAUCGAGGAGGCCGUUUGUCAGCUGGUCUACGUGGAACGCGCUGAGGUCAUCAAGUCCGAAGAGGGUGCUAGUUUGCCAGUGAUGGAGCUGACGGAGCUUCCCAAGUGCACCGUGUGUCUGGAGCGCAUGGACGAGUCGGUCAACGGGAUCCUCACCACGUUGUGCAACCACAGCUUCCACAGUCAGUGUCUCCAACGAUGGGAGGACGCGUCGUGUCCGGUGUGUCGCUACUGUCAAACUCCAGAACCGGUGGAGGAGAAUAAAUGCUUCGAGUGUGGCGUGCAGGAGAACCUGUGGAUUUGCCUGAUCUGCGGCCACAUCGGCUGCGGUCGCUACGUCAGCCGUCACGCCUACAAGCACUUUGAGGAGACGCAGCACACCUACGCCAUGCAGCUCACCAACCACCGUGUCUGGGACUACGCCGGAGACAAUUACGUGCACCGUCUGGUGGCGAGCAAGACCGACGGCAAGAUGGUCCAGUACGAGUGCGAGGGGGACACCUGCCAGGCGGAAAAGAUUGACGCCCUGCAGUUGGAGUACUCGUACCUACUGACCAGUCAGCUGGAGUCCCAGCGAGUCUACUGGGAGAACAAAAUUGUACAUUUGGAGAAGGAGACGGCGGAGGAGAUCAACAACAUGAAGGCUAAAUUUAAGGAAACUCUGGAACGCUGCGACAACCUGGAACGCCGGCUGGGAGAAAUCGGCAAAGACAAGCAAAGCGUGGAAAAGAAAUGCACGCAGCUGAGCGGCCGCGUGGGAAAACUUAGCCAGGAGCUGAAGGAGGAGCGGGAGAUGAACAAAUGCCUGCGAGCCAAUCAGGCGCAGCUCCAGAACCGACUCGCCGACGAGCAGCGACGAGCUAAAGAGAACAACGACGCCAAAGAGCGAGCUGUGUCCGAGCUGCGAGAUCAGCUGCGCGACGUCAUGUUCUAUCUGGAGACGCAGCAGCACAUCCAGCACCUUCCCGACGAGGCUCGCUGCGAAAUCCAGGAAGGACAAAUCAACGUGGCGGCAGGGCCCGCGGCAUACGAUGACGACGACAGCCCCGUGGACGCCGCCGCCGCCGCCAGAGGAAGGCGGGGCCGUGGCAGGAAGAGGAAGUAG